AUGGCGGCCACUCAGCGGGUGCGGGCCGUGCUGGAUGUGGCCCUGCGGGUCCCUCCUGUCUUCAUCAUUGACGCCAUAUUAAACUCGGCCCAUGAUGCGUCCGCAGGCUACCUGGCUGUGCUGGGCCAGCUCCUCCUCACUCUGCUGGGUAUCCUGGCAUCCACCGUUGUGCUGGUAUUAUCACGUAGAGCGCUUUUCAAAUUUUACACCAUCAGCAUGGCCCUCGUGAUUGCUGCAACUUCAGUGUUGGUUAAUUAUUAUACCAUUUUGCACAUGAACUCCAACUCUGCUUAUAAACUGGAAGUCCUUCCCGCCAGCGGACCAUCGCUAUGGAUGCCACUAAUUGUCUUACAACUCAUAUUUGGUAUUGGUUUCGUGACAUUGCUGGAGAUCCAGUCCACCUACUCCCAGCUCAUCAUAGUGGAUCUUAUAAUCCCCACUGUUGGGUUUGUUCUAGAACUUCCAGCUGACGUUCAAGAGACCUUAGUUAUUAUUUCUGGCCUUGUGCUUGCCGUUUAUACUACAGUAUGCCUGUUGCUCAGGUUUAAGUGGUUCUAUUAUUCCACAAAAUACACAGUGCUCCUGCUCAAACAUAUGUACCAGGUUUAUGGAAUACAGGUGAUGAUUGAAGAUGCCUGGAAGAAGAUUCAUUUUCCUGAUGUGCUUAGAGUGUUCUGGCUGACCAGGUUGGCCACCCAAGCUGUAUUCUUAAUGUACAUGGUGAAAGUGUCAAGCGCCAACGCUGGAGAGGCAUCUUACCUUUUACCUUGGAGUGACUUUUGGGAACUUGUCUGCAACCUCAUCAUCAGUGGUUGCGAUUCCACCUUAACCGUUUUGGGUAUGAGUGCGGUGAUUUCAUCUAUAGCACACUAUCUGGGACUAGGAAUACUCGCCUUUAUUGGCUCUACUGAAGAAGAGGACAAACGUCUGGGUUUUGUAGCUCCCGUAUUGUUUUUUAUACUGGCCCUGCAAACCGGCCUUAGUGGCUUACAGCCCGAAGAAAGACUCAUACGCCUUUGUCGAAACAUGUGCCUUUUGUUGACAGCCAUUUUGCAUUUUAUCCAUGGAAUGACCGACCCAGUGUUAAUGUCACUCAGUGCCUCCCAUGUGUCUUCUUUUCGUAGGCAUUUCCCAGUGCUCCUGGUUUCGGCCUUCCUAUUUGUGCUUCCAGUCCUGCUCAGCUGCGUCUUGUGGCACUUUUAUGCCCUGAACACCUGGCUGUUUGCUGUGACGGCCUUCUGUGUCGAACUUUGUUUGAAAGUAAUUGUUUCUCUGACUGUGUACACGCUGUUUAUGAUAGACGGCCACUACAGUGUAGUGUGGGAGAAGCUGGACGACUACGUUUACUACGUGCGCUCAACUGGCAGUAUCAUAGAGUUUAUUUUCGGAGUCAUUAUGUUUGGCAAUGGCGCCUACACAAUGAUGUUUGAGUCCGGAAGCAAGAUCCGAGCCUGCAUGAUGUGUCUUCAUGCCUACUUCAAUAUAUACCUUCAAGCAAAGAACGGGUGGAAGACGUUUGUCAACCGCAGGACUGCUGUCAAGAAGAUCAACUCGCUUCCUGAAGUGAAGGUUUCUGAAACAAAUGAAAUAGACGACGUUGCGCAAUCUGUUAUCAGGAGUUCCGCACGUCUGCCCGUGUUACACCAUGUCAUCAUUAUUUUCAUGCACUUUGCCUCCGUAAGUGGUUGUACAUUCAAGAUACCUGCCCAAUGUGCCAUCAGAAAGUAUAUAUUGACGAUGAGCCAAAAGAGAGCUCAACCUUUUCGAACAACAAUGGAAACAUUGCCCCAAAUGAGGAACCCGUUCCAGAUGUUGGAGAUGGGGAGCUAGAGCAGGAGCUCAAUGACCAUGAUCUUAGCGAUGAUGAUGAUGACGUGGAAGAGGAAUGGACAGCCGAACAGCACCAUUCAGCCACUGAUGAAGAAGAAUUUAUCAAUGACAUUCACACUUUGGGGGACUAA